GAAGGUGAUUGCCAGGCCCUUGUAAACAGUGCAGAGGCAGCGAUAUCUCGACUUCGUCAAGAAUACUGUGAUCAUAGCUCCUCGCCGCGAUGCCGAAACAAGAAAGGGAUCGAGGGAAUGCAACAGAUGGUGAACAGAAUCAGUGGGUUUUGAUUGCUCCAGAAGCAAUAUUCAGUUGUGAAACAUCAGAAGCUCCUAAUGUUUCCUUCUGCAAACUAAGACACCCAAAAACAGAGGAGGGAGCCAUAUUUCUCUUCAGCUCUGACAACAGACAGGUGUUUGAAGUGCUACAGCAUAAGAGAGAAUUUGGAUCAUGGAUUAUAGAACAAACUAUUCAAAAAGAUAGCAGUCUUCUAAUAUCAACUCCAGUAGAUCCAUUGUUCCUAAGUCUUCCAUAUUUAAUCAAAUCAGCAAAGGUAAUUAGUAUAAUUAUUAUUAUUAUUUCUUUGGUGGGAGGAUACACCUGUGUGAAACAGGCAGAGAAUCUUGCCUGCUGGUGUAAAGUUGACAUGGCAACAGAUUAG